AUUUAGUCUGUGUCUCUCUGUGUCUGGGUCGGUUCAUCAGAUGUCAAUCCUCUGUGCUACUCCUCAUGCUUUCCUCGUGCCUCCUUGUUUGUUUGAUCGAUUUUGAGUUAGAUUCCAUGGAUUUAUUUUGUAGUCAUAUCUGACUCCAGUCAGGGAUGAAGAAGCAGAGUCUCAGAGGAAAGCAAAGUCCCGUCAUGCCCGGCAGACCCGCAGGUCAACACAGGGCGUGACUCUGACAGACUUGAAAGAGGCUCAGAAGACGUUCAGCCUGUCUCCUCAGGACAGACAGGCAAAGGAAGGAGGAACUCUGGAUGAAAGGUCGUGUCUGAGAAAAAGCUCAGCAGAUGACAGAAGAGUCAGAGCGGGCCUGACAGAGUCCAAGGAAGCUACAGAGAUCAGCCCAAAGUGGAGCAAAAUGGAUGAGCUAGGAAACAUUGAACCCAGGAUGGAAACGCUUGCUGAGUGUCCAGGAACUAAUUUUACAUAUACUUCAGCUGCUGGGUCCUGUGGCCUUCUUUACUGCAACACCACCUACAGAGUUGGUGAAAGAUGGCGGAGAGAUGAAAAUCAGAACCCCAUUGAUGUCACAGAUUCUUCAGCCUUUGCUACAAAGCAGCAGCAGAGACGACGCGUCUGUGAUGUCGAAGGUCCAGACUACAACACCACAGAGCAUGACAGAUUGUCAAGGUACGACUCCAGUGGUGAGAGUGCAACAGACAAACCACUGGGCCGCACUAGCUCUUACUCACGAAGAGAGACGAGGCUGGGUGCUCUGAACAGACAGGAGCAAGACUCCACCACCAAAGACUAUAAGAAGAUGUAUGCAGAAGCAUUGCAUGAGAAUGAGAGGCUUAAGUCCAGGCUGCAGGACAGCAAACAAGAACUAGUCAAGAUUCGCUUGCAGCUGGAAAAAGUCACCCAGAGGCACGACAGAAUAUCAGAAAGGUCUUCAGUACUUGAUUCAGAGAAAAGGGAAAAACAAGCUCUUGAGAAAAGAGUUUCAAACAUGGAGGAGGACUUAAAGCAGGACGCCCCAAUGCGGUUCCGCUGUGGGUACCAGCCCUGAGAGCAGGCUGUCAGAGGGAGGGGGGAUGAUCUUAACAGAGCUCAAGUCAGACAACCAGCGGCUAAAGGAUGAGAAUGGGGCGCUCAUUCGGGUCAUCAGCAAACUGUCCAAAUGAAAAGAAGUCUGAAGCUCCUGUUCUGUGUGUGCGGACGCUCCAACCCUGAUAUGGCAAUUUAAUCAUGACAGUGUGAUUCGUGACAUACAAGUUAUGGUGACUGACUGCUUUGGCCUCUUGGGACUUGGUUUGGUCCAAAGAAAAGAGCUCAAAGGAUAUAAACAUUUUUUUGAACUUGGUAAGGUAUGAAUGUGUUGCAUCAUAAAGUAUUUCACAUUAACUAAACAGGGACCAGUUACACUGUUUCAUCAAGGCCCGGUUAUAUGAAUCCAGGGGUUUGCAUGUAGAUUACUUUUAUGAUAUUAUACCCACACAUCACACUGAUAAGUCGCACUUGUUUCAACAUCAUGCACUGCAGAAAAGUAUUGGAAUGUUUUCCCAGUGGUGGAAAAAAUAAGCUAUUAAUGUCUUUUUUUUGAUUUGGUAUUUUUUGGAUGAAGGUACUUAUAAUCAAUCUCUGUGAAACAAAUCCAUUCUGUUAUAUCUGAGUAGUAAAAAACUACACAACCUGCAUUAAAUUGUAAACCAGAAUUUAAACUUCAUUUUGAUACUGGCAAGUUUUUCAUAAUAACCCUAGUUGUUUGAAUAAUUGCAACAAUAAUAGAAGCUCCUUCACCCAACACUGGGUGAUUUUUUGGUUUUUAAGUAUCAAAUUUGCAAGCAAACUUCAGCACAUAGUCUAAAUUUCAUGUUUUUGAUACCUAUAUUUGGAAUUUAAAUUGUCAUUACAUUUACAUGCUACAGUAACAGUAUGCUGAGACCAUACAACUGGACUACUGCCCAGGUCCCAGUAUUCAUACACAGGGAUGAAUCAAGUUGUUAAUGGUAGCACAUUUGCCUCCACCACAUUAGAUGGUAACACGCUACUUUCCAUGGACUUCCUUCCUGUUAACUUACAAUAGCGAGCAGUAAACUGGAUGUUUGUGUGACCAUUAAAGCAGGGGCAAACUAUACAGCUCCAUGCAUUAAAUACAUUAACUAUGCCUUACUUUUAUACUGAUGCAUUCUAUCCCUCAACUCUGCUAUGCUAUGCAUUCAUGCUUAUUGACUUCAAGGUCAAAGUUCAUGAUGGAAAACUGGAGCAUGCAUAGAAUGGCUCGUCAUUUAGUUACUUUUGGAUGCAUUUUUUAAUCACACAAAAGCCUUGCACACUGAGUUUGAUACAUUUAUUUUCAGUGCCAAAAUUUGCAGGAUGAGAAGACUGGUCCUGUCUUGCAGGAACAAAAAGCAUUAAAGAUGAUUUUGUGGUUCUUUCACUCCUUUCACAAGAAAAAGAAAGGAAUGAGCCAUUCAUUUCUCCACAAGCUUGUGCGUCACGGUGCUGUGCCAAGCUGGAGAGACAGAGCGCAUCUUUUCAGUCAUUCUUAUUUACUAACUGUAUGUUCAAUGGUUGGCAUCCACACAAUGUGUGGGUAAAUCACAGUGUUGAUCAAUGAGUUGUUAUGUGCAAAGGAGACAGAGAGAGAGAAAGGGAGCUGCAGCUGUUGCCCUGAAUAGAAAGACAACCAUUCCCAGUAGAAGUGAUAAAAAUCAUUAUUUUAGGUGUGUUCUAUGACAGACCACUGUUAUGAUCCACCAGGCCUAAUUUCGGUCAUGAAAGACAUUUCUAAGUUGAUCAAAAUUAAGCUUUAAAAAUCAUGAAAAAAGAGGCAGUAUGAGCUCUUCUAGGAUGGUGUGGGUGUGUCGUUUUCUUUGUUUUGUUUUUUUUUUGUUAAGUUGCUGCUGAAAGCACUCAUUGGCCAC